AUGCGAUUUGCAGGAGAGGACUCUGCACACUCCGUCCCCUCCCGGCUGUCUUCGGCUGAAGUCUCCCUCUCACAGCUUCAGCACCCUUCGUCUAGGUGUCUCCUUCUCGGCGCGAGGCCCGGCGCCCGAACGGUUGAUGUGACGCCCCGAAGGACAGAGGCCAAGAGAACUUGUUUAAAACGGAGGGAACUCGAAAGUGAAGAAACGGAGACAGAAGAGAUAGCGAACAGAGAGAGAGGAGAGAGGGAAGAGAUAGCGAACGGAGAGAGAGGAGAGAUAGAGAAAAAAGAGAGAGAAGAGAAAGAAGAGACAGAGAGGGAAGAGAUAGCGAGCAGAGAGAGAGGAGAGAUAGAGAAAAAAGAGAGAGAAGGGACAGAUGGCGAUGGGAAUGGUGCUAGAGAGAGAGAACAGAGUCACGAAACUGAGAGAGACACGAGAGAAGAGAUAGAUAACGAAAAGAGUGAAGGGAGCGAGACAGGGGAGACAGAUCUACUUUCUUCACAAGACGAAGCUUCGGCGGACGCCAGGCUUUCAGAAGCAGAUCGCAAACGCGUGGAAGGACACAAGCUGGAUCGAGAACCAGACGCAACUGAGAAGCGUCCAGACGACGACCCGCGAGUCGUCUACCAGGAGCCACCAUGUGGGGAACGGGCCAGCCGCCAGGGGACAGAGAGACCGUCUAAGGAAGCGCUUACCAAGCACCGAGAGACGGACGACGAUAAACUGUCUCCAGAGGAAGGAAACGGUGUCAAAGAGAAAGAAACGGCAACGUCACAGGCGCAAAAGGAGAGGAAAGGGCACAGCGCGGGGAAGGGUGCGACGGACUCGAAGGCAGGCGACAGUCGAGCGGUCGAAGCGAAGCAAGCUGAGAAGGCGAAGAAGCCGCAGAACGGUGGAGACGAGAGAGCGAGUGUAGAAUGUGGAUCCCCGAACGUGGAGCAGAGACAGUGGCUGGCAAGCGAGGCAGGCGAGAGGGAAGCGGAGCGGAGACGAGAAAUCGAAAAGGUCGCGGAGAGUGGCAGAAGCGCAGUGUGUCGCCCCGACGCGGAGCCCCCCCGCGCUGCAGCCUCUGCUGUGACGAGGUGGGGAGAGAAGAUCAAGUCGACCGAGACAGAUCGAGAGGAGACCAGCAUUCAAGAAGAGGACGGAGAGACUCCGAAAUCGCAAGAGCAGGCGCCCAAGGUUGGAAGAAGAGAAGAUGUGGUAACGCAGGUAGAGUCUGGGAGCAAGAGCGAGGAGAGCCGAGAAGCAGAGUGUGGCGAAGGGGAGAGAGACGGAAGUCUCCAGGAAGCCGAACGAGAGCUUGGAGACAAUCGGACGGCACCUCAGCGAAGUCGAGGUGAACCGAGUCCCGAAAACGCUGCUGAGGAGACAGCAGGAGGUGCAGAACAGGACUCAACAGGCGACAGACAGUGCGGCAAUCGGGAGCUAGAUUGUCCAAAGAAUACGUCUGAGACUGGAAACGGAAACAACACUGGAGGGACGACAGACACGCACAGAAAGCCUGGAGAAACGGGAAGCAAAGCGCGAGGAGACUUGCCCAGUAGCUGCGACAGGCACAAGAUACUUCCUCUUGAUGGAGAAGCGGAAGAAAGUCAGCAUCAAACGGACAGUCCAAGAGAGACAGUCGACUCUGCGAAUGCAAAGCCUGUGUUCGUAAACUCCUUGUCUUGUUCUCCGGUGCCCCUGCGCUCAUCUUCCAGCUCUGCCUUAAAUCCACCACGUCAAUCGUUCCAGAUGAACGCAUCCUCUCCGGAACAGGAAUGCAAAGUCACUUUGUCUUCUUCCCCUUCUGCUUCUUCCCCUUCUGCUUCUUCCCCUUCUGCUUCUUUCCCUUCUGCUUCUUUCCCUUCUGCUUCUCUGUCUACUCCGCGUCUUCGUUCUUCUCUCUCUUUCUGUGUUCCAUCGUCGACUCGUCCUUCUUCUUGUCCGGCGUCUCAGCGCCUUUCUUCUCCUCCAUGUUCUCUCUCCUCUCUCUGUGUCCGGCGUCCACCGACCGGAGCGUCUCUCGGUGCCUCGUCCAUCCCUGCUUCUUUGACGCCCUUCGCUGCCUGCCUCCUCGGUGCGGCUCAACCUCCAGCGGAGGCACAACAGCUCGCGCCUGUCUGCGCUCCUAUGCAGAACAGAGACGUCGCGCGCCCUCCGUCCCCCCCCUACUCGCGUAUCCUCUCGCAGUCGCCACCUGCGGUCGCUUCCUCUGGAGACGCUGCUUCGUCUUCUGCACCGGAAGGCCUUCUGGGGGACAAGCAGGAGACGCUGAACCGCGGGAGGAAGCCUCAGCUCCCGAGAGGGGAGAUGCUCGAUGUCGGCGAGAGAGGCGAGGAGAGAAGGCGAGUGUCGCUGGCUGUGGGGCAGGAGAGCGGCGCUUGCGAUCCACGCAUCGAUGCACUUUCUGGGGGACAAAGAAAAGACUCUGAACAGGAGAAGGACGCCCAAGUAGCCGAGGCACCGCAGCACGAAAACGACGAGCCGCGCAGCCGGGGGACGGCUGUGGACGCAGCGAAGGGGGAGGAGACCGUCCAGGAAGAACAGCGGGGCUUGGUCUGCGUCGGGAGACAGGCCAUCGACCCGCGAUCAUCGAGUCCGGAUGAGGCUCAAAGAAAACAGGAAGAAGAGCCGAAUAACCAGACUGCAACUGAAGAGAAACACGAGGCCGAGAAAAACUCAGAAGCGAGCGCAGUCUUGCAAGAGGCAGAGGACGUUCGAUCCGCGGGGAGCGGCAAACGCAAAGCAGGCAGAGAGGAAGACCGCGAGACCGAAGGCGACGAACGAGGUGGGGAGGCGGAGAUAAGUGACGUUUGUGAGGCUCCGAGAGAUAGGGAAGGACAGAUCUCAGGAGUUGAACAAGAGACGCCCUUCGCAUGCAGUUCCGUCGACGCAUGCCUCGACACUGAAACAGCUGACGCGACGGCUGCGAGAGACGGAGAGACCCGCGACAAAGCAGAGGAGCUGGAGAAGGCUAUGGAACUCGCAGACUGGAUCGACAAAUCGCAAAUGGAAGAAGGACAUGGGGAAGAAGGGAGAGAAAUUGUGAUGCCGGCGCCGGCAGCCAGCAACCUGCUGUGUGUCAGAAGUCCUCGGGAUUGGGCUGUGGAGCCCAGACCGACGGGGCGAAGUAUCGCCUCCUUCUCUUCGCCGUGUGACGCGACUUCCGUCUCGAGUUUGCAGUCUGUCGCCGCCCCCCUUGCUCCUUCUCUCCCUUCUUCCUCCGCCUUCGCUUUGUCCUCCUCUUCCUCUCCCGCUGUCGCCUCGGCGUUCGCUUUUUCUUUCGAGCCCCGGCGAGACGCCUGCCUCUCUCUGUGCAGCUCGGGAACGGUCGGAGGAGCAGAGGUCCGCGGUCGCCCGGACAUCCGCGCGCGGGGGGGGACUGGCGAUCCUCAGGCGGACGAGGCGAAAGAGGCGGAAGAGGCGGCGCGCGCGAGGGAAGAGCGAAGAACUGGGGCGAGUGGCGAGGGGCAGUCACCGGAGACCGUUGAAGUUGCAGACGCAGGACGCGCGAGGAGUCCAGGGAAGAGGGUAUGCGACGCGCGUCAUGACGGGGCAGAAGACUCCGGACCUCGAGGAGAAGAAGUCGAUUCGGGAGACCGAGUAGACGAAGCUGUGGCUGAAGCUGAGGAAGCAAUCAAGCCGGACACCGAACUGCUUUGCCGCAGCGAUAGUGAACACGAAGAGAGCCCCGUUUCCGGAUGGGAGGAGAGCUGGAUCCCUUUUCAACAGGCCUGGCGAAGCUCCACAAAGAGCAGCAGACCGAAACCGUCGAAGUCCUUCUCGUCUCCAAGAAGGCCGAGCCGUCGUCUGGGACCUCGCUUGCGCCGACCGUCUUUCGCGCGAGUGCCGAGGGCUCUCCGGAGCGAGAGGCGCGGGAGAGGCGAAGGGAGCUCGAGAAGAGGCGAAGGGAGCUCGAGAAGAGGCGAAGUCCCCGUGAGCCGCGCUGGAAGCAGAGUGCAGCGAGACGACAGAGACGAAGGGAAGCUCACAGGCGACGAGCAGCGAAUAGAAGACUCCCCAGUCAAGACGCGCGAAGAAGGCAGAGACACUGAAAGAGGCCGGCACCGAGACUUGACGCAAGCAGAGGAAGCAUGCCGAGCGGACGCGGAGACGGAGAGUCGAGGGUGUGAACAGGAGUUAGGCGCAGCGACGAGACAUCUGGCCGAGAACGAAAGCAUGGAUCGAAGAGCAGACGACGAAGGAAGUGACAGAGAGACCGAUGGCGACAAACGAGAGGCACAGGCAGAGGCCGAGACCGGAAGGAAGCGGCGAGACGCAGGGCGAGAGUCCGACGAAAUCAGCGAGGUACCCAGAGGUCUCGAUCGACAGCGUGACAAGGAAGCAUCGAAAUCUGGAGAGACGCCAGGUCGAAUGGCGGAUUCGAAACGGGAAGAGGUCCUCAAGGCGAUACAGCACACAGAGGGCACCAGCGGCCUCGGAGAAGACAGAGGAAAGGAAGGUUCCGCUCGGCAUUCGCACCCCGACGAACAGUUGUCAAGACACAGAGAACAGAAAAACGCAGCGUCCGGAACGAGACAUCCAGGCAGAGAGAGUCGACGGGAGACGCGAGAGACGCGAGGAAAGAAUAAAUGUGAAGAUCAUCCCGUCGCAGCAGACGAGACGGCGACCCAGACGGCGCAGCGGGUCGCCGUUCCACGGGAUGUCGUCGCCCCGGUGAAGGCCGCCGAGGAACUCGAAUGGAAUCCGAGAGAGAACGGAAAAAGACGCGCAGACAAAGAUGAGACGUCGACGCGCGAGCAAGAGUGGCAUCGGGACAGGAGCAGCCAACGGAGAGAAGCAUGGGAAACGAAGGAAUCCAGACACCCCUCAUGUGCGUCUUCGAGAAGUUUGUCGGCAGUCGGAGACAGCAGCGAAGAAGAUGUUCGCCUUCUGGAAGAGGCUUUCGAACAGGGCGAGAAGCAUCCCCAUCACGAGAAGCAGAAACAUGUAAAACAGGACGUGGAAGAACUGCGCGAGCGAGUACGGCACCCCGCCGCGGUGACUUCCGACGCGGCGGCGCCUCUAACGAAGGCGGAGACAAAGACAAGAGAACAGAAGGAGACAAAGAUGAGGGAGGAGAAGAAGAGCGACGAGGAAGCACAGACUCUAGGGAAGGAGACAGGCACUGGAGCAGAGCGCUACGAGACCCCGCACAGCGCCAGUUCUGGAACUGCCGCGAGUCUCACCUCCUCUGAUCAGCGCGCCAGGCCCGAGCCGCAAGUCCCCGUCUCUCGCUUCUCCCUCGCUUCGUUUCUCUCGUUUGCGUCGUGGCUUGCGCGGCCGAAACAGAGCGAGGGCGUUCGGUCUCCGACGCUUGCAACGCUCGACGAGCAGCCAUCAGCUGAGCAAAGCGAGGCGAGAGAGAAGCGAGGGGAGCAGAGUGGCAACGAAGACAGCGAAGCCAUCGAGGCCUUCCUGAGCGCCUCUCUGCACGCUGAGACAAAGUCUGGGGUUGUACAGAGGAGACACUCCCGGAGAGCGGCGGAGUCGCGAGAUAGCGUCGUUCCUCUCGAUCGAGGACGGCAAGCAAGGAGCUACUCCGAAAAACGCCCGCCAAAUGCCCUGCAAGGCAGAGGCGACAACAUGCAAAGUCUGACGAAGAAAGCAGCGCGCUGCGCUUCUCGGGAGAAGCAACAAGAAGAGCGAGGAAGAAACGAAAUCGUGGCAACGCCUUUUAUCGAUCUCCCUCCGCUCUUCUCACCUCCCUCCUUUAGCCUAGCCUCCCUGUCUUCUGACUCUCUUGCUCACCCGUCCUCUCGCGGUCGCCGUUCUCAUGCAGUCCCGAGAUCUCCUUCCUUGCUCGUCCGCGAAGCCCCAAGUUCUUCUCCUCCCCCGCCUUCCCGCCGCUCUGUUCUUGACAAGGCCGUCGUCUCCUCUUCAUCUGCCUCGUCAGGCUCUUCCGCGAACUCUGUCUCGCAAGCUUCGAGUUUUGCUGCUUCUUCCGUGUCUGCGCUCACGGCGGCAGAACCUCCUGCUGCCUCGGGCCUGUCUGACCUGCUCCAGCUCUGGAUAGAAGAAGGGGAGAAGCUCAGACGCGAGGAAGCAGAAUCCCUCGAUCAGUCGGCGUUCGAACACUCCCCCACAAGAGCGCAAACUGAGGCAGACUUCCUUGAAGCUUGCAGCCGCGGGGGGCCUCACCAGACUCUUAGGCCUAUCUCCCUGGCGCCCGUGGCAGCGGAUCGAAGGCAACGAAGCGUCGCUUUCUGGCCGCCUGCCUCCUCGUUCUGUCUCCAAAGCUCCUGGACUUUGCCGCCUUCUUCUUCGUCUCUACGUCCAGUUGAAUCCGACGCACUGAAUGCAUUUCGCCAGCAAAUGGAAGAUCCGCGUUUGCUGCCUUCCGCGCCUUUACCACUCUCAACCCCGCAUGUCUGCGGAGCCGUUUCUAUUUCUUCCUUUUCGCCUUCUCACGCGAACACUCUGGAUGUCUCCUCACCGUUUCCGUUUUUGGCCGCGAGCGCUCCGGUUGCAGAAUCAAAGCCUCGCGUCGUCUGCUUCGGCAAGCCGUCGACUGCUUCUCCACACAUGAACAGCGAGCUACGCGGGUCCGCAGCUCCUCGCCUCUCCCGCUUCCCUCCAGACAGACUCGACAGAGACCUCGCGACGAGAGAAGAGGAACGCCGGCGGAUUGUGCAGCGCCGGAGGCCAGACCGAACUGGCACCAGCGAGAGUCUCUGCGCGCCUCCAAGCGUCUAUCGAGGGCCAGAGAACGCUCCACGUUCGCCUCCUCUUCCCUCUCAAAAUGUCUCACCGGAUGUCCUCCACGUCGUCCACGCCUCUUGUCUCUCGCCUCUCUUGCCUACUUGCUCGGAAGCCUUCUUCCCACUUCCACUUCCGUUUUCCCCCUCUCCAGCCCCUGCGUCACCCUUGCUCCUGCCUCGUCGUUCGGAGUCAUUGCAGGCUCCAGGACUAGCGAACAGCGUUGUUUACCCUCUGGACGAAUGCCCAAGUGUUCAGGUUUCACCGCCGUCUCCGUUUGCCUGGGCCGCUGUAGAGACUCCCCUGCCUGGUGCCCCGUGGAUCUCCAACGCCUCUCUGGACGCUCAGAGGAAUGCUGAGGGAAAUGCGCCGCGCGUUGAUGGUCCUUGCGACGCAGCUUUUCCUCCAGAUGCCCUUGAGGUGGAGGCGGCUUUUCUCUCCGGCUUCGCGUCGGGGGGUGAGGCCAAGAACCUAGGUUCCGCCAUGUACGUCAAGAGCUGGAAAGGGAAACCACGCGUACACAACGCAGAGGCAAGGCACGCAGACGAAGAGCGACUUGGGGGCGAGAAAAGAGCACCGAUAAUUCUUCGCCGGCCACCGAGUGUGGGAGAAGAAGAACGAGGAGAUAGUGGAGACCGCGGGGCGAGCACUUGCCUACCACAUACGGUGAAACAACGCGAAGAGACGAGAUUGGGUUACCGAGGCUUCGCGGCGGAUCCUUUUGUUUUGGGAGAGGCGGAAGCGCAGGAAAGAGGACAAGGGCGAGAGAGAAAAGAAGAGAUGAGGGAGAAGGAACAGAGCCGGCGGCGAACGGGUCUCGGUUUUACCAUGUCUCGCUCCAGCGCCGAGGCCGCACAGCCUCGACAACAGCAUCUCUCCGCCGCGAGUUCGUCGCGAAGGCCUUCCUCUCAGGAGCCGCAGCCGAGGGUCGGCGGCGACGCUCCAAGCGCUGAGUCGAGAAACUCGGGGCACUUGGGAGGAGAGGCAAGCGGCGCGGUUGGAGACUCACAGGGAGGUCAUCUGUGUUUCUCACGUCGAGACGGGGGAGCUAAAGGGACAGCUGGGCGGCCGCUGCGCGCCUCGAAGACCAGCAGCGAACGAGGGAAAAGACGAACCAAGAGAAGACAGACUUCCGCAGUUCAGACGGAAGAGACUGGAGACGACGAGCCGUCGGAUGUAGCGUUGAUUUUCGGGUCGGUCGUCAACUCUUCUCGCGCCUCGUCGUUUGCGGACGCCGCCGCUCACCCAUGCGUUUCGCCUGUUCCCCAAGAGGGGACGGGAGACUCUGAGCGCGCAGCCCAAGAGCAGAGAAAGGCAGAAGCCGGAACAGAAGCGAAAGGGUGGAAAACGGACGCUUCCACGCAGGCGCACGACGGCAGCAGCCUCCGGGGAGACCGGAGCGAGGGGAAAGGAGGUCGUGACGAAAAGGUAAAAUGCAUACAGCGCUCGAGCGAUGUGCCUUCUUCGCCCACUCCGCUCUUCUCGAGGGCACCUGCCUCCGAGUCGCUGAGCUGCCUCUCGAGACGCAGCCAGGUCUCGCUGCCCGCUUCAAGUUUGGCUUCCAGCUUUCACCCGACUGCGUCCUUGCAUACAUCUGGAAGGACUGAGGGGAAGGGAAGCGCUCCGUCGCCUGUCAUGCCCGCAGGCGAGAGCAGCGGCCGAGCUCUUCCGUCUUCGCUCGCCUCGUCGCUUUCCUUCCCCCUUUCUUCGCUCUCGUCUGCGCUCUCUUCUCCCCUGCCUUCUUCCUUCUCUUCUUCUGUCUCUUCCUCCGCCUCCGGACCGCCUCGCGUCUCUGUGGGCGUCAACGCCGUGAGCCACAGAGACGUUCCGCUGAGGCGGCGAACGGAAGAGAAGAAGAUGAACAGUGUGUCGAGACAGUGGGUGCUGGCGUCUUCUCCACAGGAGCAGUCGUGGCGCGGCGAGGCGACGAAAGGCGAGGGAGAGAGGCGAAGAGGAGAGAAGGAGAGGGAGAGCGAGACGGGAGGCCGGCGAGGGAGCAUGAAGUCACCCACCUCUCCUUCAGAGGGCGCCUCGUUCUCUUCGCCUUCCCUCUUCUCCAGUUCUGCCUCGGUUUUUCCUUCGUCGGCCAGCCUAGGUGAGAAGCGAGGUGCGGAAAAGAGGAAGACACACCGGGCUCGGCGCGAGAAGGGUGAGGUGAGAGAAGAAGGCAUAUCGGUGUUCGGACCCACUCCGGAGGAGAUCAUCCAGAGACAGCAGAAGGAACUUCAGGCAAAGCGAGAGAAACAGGGAAAGCGAGAACGCAAACAAAGUCCGCAAACUGCUGCGGCCGGCGCAUCAGCGUCGGGGGGGUGCGUCGAGGCUCUGCAACCUCAUGGUGGCAUGCGGCCAGAAGGGAUCCACGCUUCCUCCACGAGUUCGCUUUCUGCAUCUCAUCACUCCCCACCCGGAAGGUUAUUCUCUGCAUACUCCCGCCUGGCUCUUGAGAAGGAAGACGAAGAAUACCUCUUCUCUCUUCCUAUCCUCGAUGAUGCUAUGGGACCGUCUUCGCGAGUCGUGCGGCAGAAAGGAGAGACGGUACGAAGCAGAUGGAGAAGGUUUGAGAUGGCGCUCGACGGCCAGAAAGAAGCAUGGCGUUCCUCCUCUCGCCGCACUGGGGCGACAGCGGAAGCUCUGCAUGCAGCGAGCGCUAGCGAAGAAGCGCUGAAAAGGCGGCUUGGUGUCCUUCGUGCUCAGGGGGAGGAGCAGCGGCUCCGGCUGGACAGACUGGAGAGACAGAAGUCGCUGCUGGAGAAGUUCGAAGAGGAAAGAAUGGAGAGGCAGGCAGUGCUCGCGAGUCUCCAGGAAGAGCGACGAAGGGACGAAGAAGACGCUCGGACUGCGGAGCGCCAGGCGCGACAGCAGAGAGCGGAAGAAAAGGAAAAACAUCCUAGAGAAGCGACGCGAGGAAGGCCAGCUAAAGACAGACGGCCGAGCCGCACACGACGCCUGAGUGCAAGCGCCAUAGAGGUUGUCGCUUGGCUUGCCACCGAGACAGAGGAAAAGGUCCGGAGUGUCUCAAGACGAGCCGCGAGUCGCGUCAGGAAACUCAGACGAGGGAGAGAUUCGGAUCGCUCUGCGUCUGCGUCUCGACCUGCAAAUCGCUCUCCAAAUGCGCAACACGGCAACCGGGGACGCAUCUCCUUCCAGGAUCCACAUCUGCCGGAAGUACACCCGACGAGCGACUCGGCCUUGCCCGCGCGGCUGCCGCCUCACGGCAUUCUUCUCUCUUCUCCCCGGCCCGGAAGUGAGUUUGAUUGGACGCGAAGAACCUCGACGGGAGAGCGAGGGCAGGCGCAUGCAUCUAGGGUAAAUGAAGUCACGUAUUCAUAUGCGGAACAAAGAGCAGUGACCGCGUCAAUCGCGGACUCAAAAGACGCGAAAGUGAUUCGAGAGGAAGAACUCGCCGACACCACUAGUUUCGAGGUAUACGUCCACCGCUCUGAGGCUAUCGAAAGUCAGCAUGGGUGCGAGGCGACAGAACGGGGACGAGCAGAACGAAGCGCAUCUGCAGGAAGGAGAGGCAGCGGGAGAGUCUUGCGUGCAGGAGAAAGUGGACAGAAUGAGGAUGGGGAAGCCGCGAGUAAGCAAAGGCGAAAACGCGAACUUCUUCGCCAGGCAGCCACAGUCGCGAGCCUCACUGUGGCGACGGCCACUGUGACAGUGGCUUCUGCUGGCGCGUCUGCUGUUCAAUCGAUGAGGGGAAAACUGCGCAAACGGCGAGAAAGAACCGAGAAAGAAGACUCUACACGUUGCUCGUGA